CGACUCCCAAGCAGGGCUAGCGUCAGGCUCUUUCUCAUAAGAGUUCCAGAUGUGCACCGUGCACAGACAGCAUGCUGCACGUCUGCCCAUCAGUACCAACCCAGCUGCAGCUGCUGCCGGUACCCCUGCUCAGCUGCCUCUGUCACGGAUCCCAGCUCCACUUCAGCCUCAACAGCCAGAGGAGUCGCCAGCACGGCUGAAACUACAGCACACUUUCAUCUUUUUAUCCUUAUUUUCCUUCUUUUACACCAGGAAGUUUUAUUUCAAAAACCUGAAAAACUUUGUUUCAGAAGCCAGCAGAGAGAAGUGUCCAAACUUUUGCAAGUUUUGGGAACGAAUCUGAAUUCAGCAUGUUUUGUUCUAGAAGACUACUUCAGCAGUGGAGCUUUGCUGUAUUUCUCCUCUGCUCUCCUGUUCCUUAUUACGGGAGGCAUAUUGAUGCACUCACUAACAGAACGAGACGCUCUGUGAGUCAUGCCCAGCUGAUGCAUGACAAGGGGCGCACGCUGCAGGACUUCAAGCGGCGCAUGUGGCUACAAGAGCUGCUGGACGAGGUGCACACAGCGGAGACCCGGGAGCCGCUUGGCAGGGGCACCCCGGGAGGGACGGUGGGUGGCACCACUGGGGGGACCGGCGGGGGCAGCCUCCACCCCAAACCCUCUGGAAGCACCAAAAACUACCCCAUGGCCUUCCCCCAGGAGGAGGAGGGCACCAACCUGCCCCAGGAGACUAAUAAGUCUGCCAGCAAGGGUGCCAGCAAGAAGAAAAAGAAGGGAAGAGCUGGGAAGCGACGGGAUGCUGAAAAGAAGAGGCGGCGGACUCGCUCCGUACCGCGGCCCAGGAGUGGCUGGCCCCUGGACUGGAGGUGGAGCUUCAAACUGCCCAAAAAACUUCACUAAGACCCUGUCAGCCUCUGACAAAGGUAAAUACAGUACCUGCUGAUGGAUAGAUGGCUGGAUGGAUGGAUGCCUGGAUGUUUUAUGGCAGCAUAAAGCAUCAGAUGUUAACGAGAAGGUUCCCCCAACAUAGCCAGUGCUGAGGAAUGAAAACUAAAUCCAGCUCAUGUAAGGGAAGGUUAAAUCCAGAACGUUCCACUGGCCCUCCUCCCUUAAACACAUGGGGCAGCAGAACUGAGGAGUCUGACGGUCUCGGCGCCGUGGCGUCGUUCAAACCUUGCCAGGCUGCACGUCUUCGUCCCGCCGCUCUGAGCUUCCGUCUCGGGGAUUGUGGGGGGGGGAGUAUUUUCUCAGUGUGGGGUGUCUGUUUUGCAUAAUGGCAAGCAUGUGGCCUAGACACCCUCCCCCCACCCUUGUGAGGAGCUGAGAAGGCAUCAGAGUGAGGGGCCAGCUCUCCCAGGCUCUCUUGCAUGAGGGCCCCCAUCCAGCCGGUGCCACUCCCGCCCCAGCCUGAUGCAAAACAGGCCUCCAUGCUGGCCCAGGAACACAGACUCAGUGCCGGGCUGUUCUUGGGGAGGGGCUGAGUUCAUUCAGCCUGGACAUGCAAAAUCAUGCUGUCCAAGAUAUUAGCUAAUCCUGAUGGCCUCUUACCUCCCACAUUAGAUAUUGAGGUGGACUAAAAGGAAAAAAUUAUAUAAUAAUAAUAACAUUAAUGACAUAAUCUUACCUUCACAUAAAUGUGUAUAUACACAUAUAUGUAUAUACAACUUCUGUUUAUAAACUUCUGAAAAGGAGGCUACAAAUUUUAAUUGUAAGGUUUCCUAGCCGUAUGUUUUUAUUUCUUUUAAAUAUGUUUUUAAAUUAAUGUUGAUGUUGAAUAAAAGUGUAAUUAUUCAGCUGCUUGGUUAUUGGCUGAAAAUAAUGUCAAAUACACAAAUUGAAUAAGCAAAGUUUACAUAAUCACAAAUCACAAUAAAUCAUAUACCUUUAAUAUGUUUUUUGUUUCAUUCUGUUCAUUUUUCUAGCGAUAUUAAAAUGUAUAGGAGGCAUUUGUAGUACAGUAAACAAAUAGCCAUUCUUAGCUUUCUUUUGUUUCCUGUUUACAGAUGACCCAGACACAUUUGAGUGGGACAUCCAAGGACUCAUUACCGUUUUCUGUAAUAAUGAUUGUUCUGAAGGUAAUAGAGAAAAUAUUUAUUGUUUGUAAAUAAUUUAAACACACCAGAAUAGAGACUUUGAUAAUAAAAUCGUUAUUCAAUGCUCUGUGGAGCUUUUGAUUAUUGUGAAAUUUUCCUUUGUUUGGACUACACCGAUUAUAAAUGUCAGAUUUGCCAUAAUUUAUUUUUUUCUCUUAAUGAUGUUCAUAUUUAUUUUGUAAAUGUGUAAUGCUGCUGCUGAUUUUAUAUAUUUUUGUAACAUAAUGCACUUUAGAUAAAUGAGUAUAUAUAUCAAGUCAUUUUGUUCAUUGAAGUAAUAAAGUGUUCUCUUUUUGUGGUUUAUUUUUAUUUUGAAAAUCCUGAAUGCUUGUAUAUUACUUGUAUAUAUUUAGCUUGAUAACACCAAACUGGUUUGUCCCCCAAAGAACAUGUAUGUCAAUCGGGUUCCCAGCAUAUCUGAUCUCGGACCUGUUGCAUAUACUCUCUAUGUACGUAAUGGCUCAAAUCUCUUCUCAAUACCUCACCUACAGCACAUCUCCGUUCAUCAAAGAAACCAUUCCCUCUAUAUGCAAACUGAACACCUAAUGUUUGACACUUGCACUGAGAUGAUAUCCUAUUUUGAAAUGAUUAUACACUUAGCAGUAAGCAUAUUGUUUUUCUUUCUUUUUUUGGCGGAGUCUUGUUAACAAAUGAUGUUUAUGUCUCAUUUUAAAUAUUAUCAUGUCCAAGGGGUUUUAUAACAGGCACUGGUGCCUUGUAGUCUCAAAGCAUUUUACACAAAGGAAAAUGCAUUUGGAUGAAACAGAAUAAAGAUCUUAUUUUAAAUUCUG